AAUUCCUGCUGAAACGGAACAAAUGGACUCGGCGGCGUUCAGCGGUAAAAACAUGAAAAAUGUGACCAAACUGCGCGGAUUAAAGCGAGUGAAAUGCCCGGACCGAAGAGAAGAUAUAAUGUGCGAUUUCCUCCCGUGAGUACGAACUUUAUCCUGGUUUACCUGAGAUGUUUGAGGGGAAAGGUAAAACCGGCAAACAGCUAUUAGCAUGUAGCAUUGGGUGACAGGAGCGCCUGGUACAUUCAGGGGCCGUCUGAAAUCUGGAUUGUCAACUGAUCGGUGCGCGACCGAUCACCGAAUGAUUCAGUGACCGAUUCAAAUUAAUUACAAAACAGACAUGCUCGAGUUUCAAUUAACUAAUAAUGCUUUUGGCAUUUUACCUGAUAAAAAUAAGGUGGAGCAUCGGCUAAAACUACCGGUAUAGUUAAAGUCACGGUCGAUUUGCUAUCUCGAAUCAGAAUUUUACGAGGAGUACCUGAAUGCAGCAGCUUACCUUGCAACUUUAUUCCUCUGAAAGUGGUCAAAUCUUUGUUUUUGCUGCAGGGUCGCAUCAAAAAGAUCAUGCAGAAGGAUGCAGAGGUGGGGAGGAUUGCGAUGGCAGUGCCCGUGAUCAUCUGUAUCCUUCAAAAACCUGAAGAAGAAAAAAAAACAUGAGCUGCAUGUGUCUAUCCAAGAGCAGGUUGGUUGUUUUUAACCUUAUACAGGUGUCAAUUGUUGAAGGGAUACUAUGAAAUGAAAGACAGAUCCAUAAAGUCCUGAACUGCAGAGAUCAGCUCGGGCGCUGGAGAUGUUCCUGAAGUGUCUGCUAACCAAAACCUGUCUGAUAACUCAGUCAAAGCUCAGCGCCAUGCUCUCUGUUGCUCAUAUGUAAGUAUACUUGAUGCUUAAUGAUGAGUCCUAUCUCUUCUUAUACAGCGCAUUUAUACCCAAACUAACAUUAUUACUUUCAACUUGUUAUUCUUUCAUAGGAGGGGUUGAGUUUGUACACCUGGAAAAGGUUGAAUCCAUGUACAAAAUGUGUGAGGUAAAUAAAUGUUUGUUUUGCUGUAGGAAGCAGUGCAUCGAGUCAGAGAAGCUCUUCCACUUUCUCAAAGAUCUGGUGGAGCGAGCAACAACGACGGCAAGUCAGAAGGACAGCAAAGGCAUGGAUAUAUGGCCACUCUACAGGCAAGGACAGAUUUGUGAGAGUUUCUUAUGGGGUUUGGAAAGCAGAGCAGAAACCACUUGAAUGGGUGAUAUAGAUUACAUCAUUAUCUUGUGUUAUGGUAUUUAGAUUAUGAUCUUUUUAGUUUUCAACAACAUUUAGAAGAUUUGUUUGUUGUUUAAACUUUUAGUGAGUCAUUCUUCGAAAUCUAAAAUCUGUGUAUUUUCUGUGAUGUGUUCACAGGACCAGACGGCAUGAAAUUUCAGCCAGAAAACCACCUGAAGUGGUAGAAAAGACUCCUCGAUCAAACCUUGACUCACUGGAAAAAGUCCAGCGCCAGUGUAAGAAUCCACAGAUUCAACCUCCGACAUGCAAAAUACAACAAAGUGCCAUUUGUUUUGAAUGGUCCUAAAGUAAUAUAACAAACAAAAGAUGAGUAUUCAUGUAAACAAAAAGCUUUAUCUGUAAAGACUGUAAACAAAGUGCCUUUCUGUCACUCUUUUGGUGGAAAAUACUUUAAACAAAGUUGCCUCCUGCUGCUCUUUCAGUGAGUUAAAUGUUAAAAGUGCCCCCUUUUGCUGUAUUAGUGAGUUUAAUGUGAACAAAGUGUCCUCCCAAGUUUUUUCUGUAGUAAAUUUGAUCCAAACAAAGUGCCUUACUAUUGCUUUAUAAGUAUAUAAAAUGUAAUCAAAGUGCCUUUCUGUCGCUCUUUUAGUGAGUUUGAUGUAAACAAAGUAUCCUCCAAUCAUUUUUUAGUAAGUCAAAUGUAAACAAAGCACCUUCCAAUUUCUCUGUUGUGAAUUUAACAUAAACAAAAUACCAUCCUAUUGCUUUAUACACAUAUAUAAUGUAAACAAAGUGCCCUCAGUUUGCUCCUAUAGUGAGUUAGAUAUGAACCAAGCGCCCUUUUGCUGCUUUUCAGUGGAUCAAUUGUAAACAAAGUACUCUCUGAUUACUCUAGUGGAUAAAAUGUUGGAAAAAAAAGUGAUUUUCAAUUUCUCUUUAGUGGAUUUAACUUAAACAAAGUGUCCUCUGUUGUUUUUUUAAAGUUAAAUGUCACCAAAGGGCCCUUGGAAAACAGUUCUGAUUCUGAAACUUGUGAACUAUUUGCUUCCAUCUUUACUUCUCUUUUUAAACCCACUCACAUUACUCACCAAACUAAACUCUGAGGGUUACAACAGCGACCCCAUGAGGACGCUGUGUUUCAUGCAUUCAAGAAACGGACUGAAGGGGAUUUUUACUAUUUUUAGACCCUGAAGUCAUGAGGUAAAAAUGUGGAGGCUGUUCAGUAGCACUAGAGCAGAGGUCAUAAGAAAUAGAGAAGUGAUUGACAGUCCCAGUUAUGAACGUUUAAUGGACUAACCUCUCUCUCUUUCAGGAUUUAAGAGCUCUACGUCUGCAUCUGAGCGUUUUAUCAGAGGAAAAGUGCUGCCGUUUGUUCACUUCAGUUGAAAAGUUCAUCUUCAUGCCGAUGCUUGUUGGGGAUAUUUAAAAAAACAGAAAGUCUUUUGGAGAGAAAUGUUUCAGUUCAGAUAUUUUAGACUGUUUCCUGCUCGUAUUUUGUUGUUGGGACUUUUUCUGUUUUAUUGUGCUGAUAUGAAUUUACUUUGGAUUGAAAGCCCUUAUCUUUGUUUUUGUUUGUAGCAGAUGUGUAAGAAGGCAUUGUGAUGUCUGCAUUACUUCACACUAAAAAAAAGUUUAAAGGUUUUGAACUUUUGCAAAAGAAAUUGUCUCAGAAUGUGAGAUUUUGUUGUUCAGGCAGGUAGCUGUAACUCUCAACAUGUAAUGUUCUGGAUCUAUGAUUAAAUGACGUCCCCGUAGCUAUCGCAGAUUUCCUGAACAUUUUAGACCCUAACCCAGACCUUUAGAUCCAGAAAAACUGCUGAUUCCUGCUAAGC